GAGCCGCCGGGCCAGCGAGCGGAGGAGCAGGUGCUCGGAGCCCAGCCGCGCCAGCGUCGCGCGGCCGCUGCCCAAGUUCGCCCGGGCCCGAGGAGGAUUCUCCCGGGCAACCGGGAGAGGAGCGCAAGCCGUCGCCACCGCCAGCGUGGGCUUGGAACCUGGAGAGGAGAAGGGCGCGCAGAGCAGUGAGUCCGGGUCACCCCCCGGAGGUGUUGCCAGAGCUCCGCAGUCCCCAGCUCCUGGCGCCGCCUGGACAGAGAGAAGAGGCAAGGGACAGCAAGGCCGGGCUUUUCUGGAGACGCGAGGCACCCGGGAGAGCUGCAGGAAGAAGCGACACUUCCCUCUGGCCAGCAGCCUUGAAGGGGCCCGGCAGCGAACAACCUCCCGCAGGACGCCCUGAGAAGCCCCCAGCCCCAGGCGAGAGCCGGCACAUCGCAGGGCUCGGGCGCGGGACUUGGGGAGCAUUGGCGGUCUUGGCCGAGCGCAGCCCGGGAAGCAGUGAUAAGGAAGGGUCCUGGAGGGAAGGGAAAGAGGACAGCAGCCGGCAGUGCGACCACUCACCCCAGUACACACCCACCCUACCGCCAAGCCAGGAGCCGCCGUGCGCCUCUGGGGGCGCUCGUGCCUUGGCGCCUUCUCUCCCGUGUCCCAGCACGUCUGGGCUACGGGCCGGGCUAGUGGGGUCCCCGGGGAUGUCCAAAUCAGGCAUGGUGGCCGAGUGGCCCCUCUGCCAGGGCCAGCGUAAAAGCUGGGGUUAGGCGGGGCAGGGGGGACUCAGCUCAGGGUCCCCCGGGGUCCAGGACGAGGGGAGGCGGGCGCAGCGCCCAGGGACCGGAGAGGCGGCUCCCACUGGGGCCCCUCCAGAAGUAGUGCCCGGCGCCGGGCAUCCUCCAGGAAGACUAGGGGCCAGGAGAGCCUGGGAGGCGCUCGGGAGAGGCCAGUGCCAGGGGCGGCGGGCCGAGGCGGCGCUCAGUCCCGGGCGGGCGCCCGCGGAGGCGGCAGCGGCGGCGCCCGGCGGGCAUGCCGCGCCACCGGAGCUCCUUUCGGGCGCACGCUUCCCUGGCGCGGGCUGCGCGCGGCGGCCGCUGCUGCUGCUUCCACUGCUGCUGCGGACUCCCAUGGCGGCUCCGCCCGGCCGGGGCCGCCGCCGCUGCCGCCAGCCGCGGGCUGAAUGAAUGAGCCGGAGCGGCGGAGCCGGGCUGCCCGCGGCCGCGCUCACCGGCCCGGGACGCUUCCGCAUGGCCCGCGAGGAGCCGGCGUCCGCGGCGGUGGCGGCGGCCGGGCAGCCCGGGGGUGGCAGAGGCGGCGAGCGGGCGCUGCAGGGGCCGGGGGUCACCCGCAGGGGGCGGCCGUCGCUGAGCCGCGCUAAACUGCACGGGCUGCGGCACAUGUGCGCCGGGCGCACGGCGGCGGGGGGCUCCUUCCAGCGGCGCGCGCUGUGGGUGCUGGCCUUCUGCACGUCCCUCGGCUUGCUGCUGUCCUGGUCCUCGAACCGCCUGCUCUACUGGCUCAGCUUCCCGUCGCACACGCGGGUGCACCGCGAGUGGAGCCGCCAGCUGCCCUUCCCCGCCGUCACCGUGUGCAACAACAACCCGCUGCGCUUCCCGCGCCUCUCCAAGGGGGACCUGUACUAUGCCGGCCACUGGCUCGGGCUGCUGCUGCCCAACCGCACGGCGCGCCCCCUGGUCAGCGAGCUGCUGCGGGGCGACGAGCCGCGCCGCCAGUGGUUCCGCAAGCUGGCCGACUUCCGCCUCUUCCUGCCGCCGCGCCACUUCGAGGGCAUCAGCGCCGCCUUCAUGGACCGCCUGGGCCACCAGCUCGAGGACAUGCUGCUCUCCUGCAAGUACCGCGGCGAGCUCUGCGGUCCGCACAACUUCUCCUCUGUGUUUACAAAAUAUGGGAAGUGUUACAUGUUUAACUCAGGCGAGGAUGGCAAACCUCUGCUCACCACGGUCAAGGGGGGGACAGGCAACGGGCUGGAGAUCAUGCUGGACAUUCAGCAAGAUGAGUACCUGCCCAUCUGGGGAGAGACAGAGGAAACAACGUUUGAAGCAGGAGUGAAAGUUCAAAUCCACAGUCAGUCUGAGCCGCCUUUCAUCCAAGAGCUGGGUUUUGGGGUGGCUCCGGGGUUCCAGACCUUCGUGGCCACACAGGAGCAGAGGCUCACAUACCUGCCUCCACCGUGGGGUGAGUGCCGAUCUUCAGAGAUGGGACUCGACUUCUUUCCUGUUUACAGUAUCACCGCCUGUAGGAUUGACUGUGAGACCCGCUACAUCGUGGAAAACUGCAACUGCCGCAUGGUCCACAUGCCAGGGGAUGCCCCUUUCUGUACCCCUGAGCAGCACAAGGAGUGUGCAGAGCCCGCCCUAGGUCUGCUGGCGGAAAAGGACAGCAAUUACUGUCUCUGCAGGACGCCCUGCAACCUGACCCGCUACAACAAAGAGCUCUCCAUGGUGAAGAUCCCCAGCAAGACGUCAGCCAAGUAUCUGGAGAAGAAAUUCAACAAAUCAGAAAAAUAUAUCUCAGAGAACAUCCUUGUUCUGGAUAUAUUUUUUGAAGCUCUCAAUUACGAGACAAUUGAACAGAAGAAGGCGUAUGAAGUUGCUGCCUUACUUGGUGAUAUUGGUGGUCAGAUGGGCUUGUUUAUUGGUGCUAGUAUCCUCACAAUACUAGAGCUCUUCGAUUAUAUCUACGAGCUGAUCAAAGAGAAGCUACUAGACCUGCUUGGCAAAGAGGAGGAUGAGGGGAGCCCUGACGAGAACGUGAGCACUUGUGACACGAUGCCAAACCACUCUGAAACCAUCAGCCACACUGUGAAUGUGCCCCUGCAGACGGCCCUGGGGACCUUGGAGGAGAUCGCCUGCUGACACCCCUCGGGCUGCCCAGCACCCCCAAACAGACCUUGAGGCCCAAGACCCAGGACAGGGGACAGCAAGCGCAGGUGGGAUGGCCCCUGACGCUGGAAAGAAGCAAGAGCCCCCUAUGCACACAUUGCAAACUAGCUGCCAAAACCUCGCUCCGGCCACACCUGACGCGGUGCGUCCUCGGGCCCCGCCGUGCGUCCCUCUUAGGAGAGAUGAGUCACACUCUGGAACUGUCCAAGAACCGACCUGCCAUCACAUCUCACUGCCAGAUGUAUAAAGCACCUGCAUGCUCAGACUUCUUACAGCGCCACCUCCGUGUCUGUCUUGUACAUGACGUUCCUCCACGCGGUUUCCAGCGUCCACUCUGCUGCCCGUGCAGUGGGACCAGAUUCCAGCUCCAAAGUCACCAUGAGGCCAUCCUGGAAUCAGAACUGCACAGUCAAGAGGGAAACCGCAGAACUCUCCGCUACAUUCAGUCCUUGUGUAGUUUGUGAAGGUUCUUAACCUGCCCACAAACCCCUCUCCCCCCAAGCUGGCCCGUGGGGCAUCGGCGCCAAAGGUGACCCGCGCCAGCCUCCCUCCCGCCCCAGCGCCUGUGACGGCGGCACGGCAGCCAGGGUGACUCCAGUGUUAUCCAUGGUGCCCAUGUCGUCCUUCUCUCCCUGUGACACAGCUUGUACAGUCUGAUUCUUUUCAUCUGGGGGGCUUUUAUGUUUGUCCGUCGGAGAUUUGUUCUGUUUUGCUUUGUUUUACGCUUUUUGGUUUUGAUGUUCUGAGGUUCGAUUUGGUUUUCCCAUUUUCUCUGGCGUUUAUUUAUUCGUGCUUCAAAUCACAGUCAUAUUAAAAGCUGGUCUUGUGGAAA